AUGGCUAGAGAAGCCUGUCCUGGCAAUACAUUGCUUACAUUCUUUCUUAUGAUCAUAACUGUAUUCUCAGCUUUCAAUACAAAAACACAAAUCCUAGCCCAAGCCCAAGGACCGUUUAGUUACUUAAAACUUAGUAUCCAAUGGCCCAAAUCAUUUUGCAAUACAGGGAAUUAUAAUUGUCGAUACCCAAUCAAAACCUAUUUUACAGUAAAUGGGUUUUGGCCAAUGUAUUGGUGGGAUCACAGGGUUCCUCCCUAUCAUAAGCAAGAUGGAUGCACAAGAAUUGUUCCACUAGAAAAAGGCAAUAUCACGGAAAAUUUGUUACAUUCAAUAUUAGAUGAUAUGAAGUGGUAUUGGCCCGUUCUUAAGUACAAGGCAGAGAUCUCACAAGAAGAAGGAAAUGUAAUUCUUUGGCGAAAAGAGUGGGAGGAACGUGGAAUGUGUUAUAAUAAUCCCGACUUCCCUUUAAUAUAUUUUCAGGAUACUAUACAUAUGAUAAAGAAAUACAAUGUGCUUGAAAUGCUCGAUGCAGGAGAGAUUCGUCCUGAUAAUGAAGAACAUUUCGGACGUCAUAUGGUACAGUCUAUCCAUAAUAGUACUGGAGCAGAUCCUGAAAUUGUUUGCAAUGAAGAUGCUAGCGGGAGUUUACAAUUGCUGGGAGUUAACAUAUGUAUAAGGAGGAAUUUUAAGGAGGCACACCCUCAUGCUAUUUUACCUCCUGUCAAACUCAACCUACCUACUUAUGCCUACAAAUUUAAUUAA